AUGACGGACCAAAACAAGAAGAUUCACCCGGUGACCAACCAAGAAGACAUAGAGGCUGCCGUCCCGACCGCGCCACUCGUCCCCCGUGGCUCCUCCAAGUCCGACCACGGCGACCCAGCCGCCGCCUCUGCACCACCACCGCUACCAUCCUAUCCUCUUCCCUUCAACAGACGCUCCAAGCCACCAAAGUCAACCAGACCACGCCGCGGCUGCACCUUCUGCCGGUGCCUCUGCUGGACGCUCUCCAUCCUCCUCGUCCUCAUCAUCGCCGUAGCCGCCACGGCCGGGAUCCUCUACCUAGUCUUCCGCCCCAAGCUCCCCGACUACUCCAUCGACCGCCUCGAGAUCACGCAGCUCACCCUCCGCAACGACACCGCCACCGCGGCCGCCAGCCUGGCCGCCGCGUUCGACGUGACGAUCACUGCACGGAACCCGAACAAGAGGAUCGGGAUAUACUACGAGGGAGGGAGCAGGAUCGGUGUGUUCUUCUCCGGGACCCAGCUCUGCCAGGGGUCUCUGCCCAAGUUCUACCAGGGACACCGCAACACGACGGUGCUGAACGUGCCGCUCGCCGGGGAGAGCAGGGACGCGGCGGCGCUGUUUGGGGAGAUGCAGAGGGAGCAGCAAGCGAAUGGGUUUGUUCCGCUGGAUUUGAGGGUGAGGCAGCCGGUGAGGAUCAAGGUUGGGAAGCUGAAGCUGAUGAAGGUGAGGUUCGUGGUGCGGUGCCGGCUGAAUGUGGAUAGCUUGGCCGCCAAUAACAGGAUCAGGAUUAGAAACAGCAGCUGUAAGUUCAGGUUGAGGCUCUGA